AGGUGGCACGGCAUUCUGGAAAAGCACUGUGACAUCUUGCCUGGUUCAACCACCAGCCUCGACUAACGCUGUACAAAUAUCCGUUCCCAACGCGAUCAGACAGCCUUAGCCUAUACACGACGGCAGGAGCUACUUUAUUUAACACCACGCAACAGCAAAUACUCGCUUAAUAAAUCUUCCCUGGCGCUGCCAACUUGGCUGCAGACUUCCCUCACCUGCAGCCUCUCCCUAGCCCUGGUCCCCCUUUGCUCGCAGCAGCCGGGAGGAAAUGAGCUGCCCGCCGGGAUCGGGGCGGGAGGGAGGGCGAGGUAGUGCCUGCGUGACUCUGGAGCCUGGCCAAGGCCAGCAGCAGGUUUGCUCAGCCGCCACCCUGCUGGGGAAUGCACCUGCCCCGCGAGGGCUCGCAGCCUGUCGCUGGUGCUGCCCGCGCCGGACCAGGAAGGAGAGCCGGCAGGAGCACCUGUUUCUUGGCAGGCAGGUGCCGGAGGAAGGGAAGGGAUUUUUUCCCCGCGAGGUCCCUUCUUAGCUUGAUCCAGUGGAUGAAAAGCCUGGAAAAAACAGCCGGGAGCAAGGAGCGGAGUGGGCAAGGUGUCAGCUGCAGAUGAAACUCAUAGGAAAGGAAGGACACAGCCCUGGACGUUCCCGUACUGUGCUGCUGUGGGGAUGCUCCAGCAUGUCCUGCAACCCUGCUUGGAGGGUGGGCUCAGCCCCGGCACACGGACCAUAGCUCUGCAAGUGGCACUGCCACAGAAGGGAGCUCCGCCAGGCUCCAAGGAACGAGACAGAGCCAUCCGCGCUUGAGAAAUGUAACUGCCUUCACAACCACCGCUGCUUUGACACCCCUCUUUGCUGCGAGGGUCUAGUUCCUCUGUGCAACCCCUCUGCCGUGCCCUCCCCCCCAGCCGCCCACCAUGCCGGAGCUGGCAGAGCUGAGCACCCCCCGCACGCCCGCGGAUGCUGACCACAUCCAGAGGAACAUCCUGGAGGAGCACGUGGAGCUCUGGUGGUUCCAGGACCCCAAGAGGUCCAUCCUAUGCUACGGGGUGGCUGUGGUGUUGAUCCUGGCCUGCGGGAUCGGGGGCAUCAUCCUGCUGUACAGCACCAGCAGCCGGUCUGGGGAGUGGCGGCUGGCGGUGGGCACCACGCUCUGCCUCCUGGCCCUGCUCGUGCUGCUGAAGCAGCUGCUGAGCUCCGCGAUCCAGGACAUGAACUGCAUCCGCAGCCGGGAUCAGAUUGAGCUCCUGAAGAGCGGGGGCUUAUCGGACUGCCUGGUGCUGCUGCUCAGCGCCCUGGUGCUGCUGGUCUGCGGGGUGGUGCUCACCAUCCUCUCCACCACCACCAUGCAGCUCAGCCCGGCGCGGCCGCUGGCCAGCAUGUUCACCAGCGGGAUUGUCCUCCUGGUCGCCGGCAGCGUCAUCCUCCUCUGCCUGCUGCUCUACCUGCUCUGCACCUCCUGCUGCCAGGCUGCCCCGCGGGGCCUGGAGACGGGCGAGAUCCGGGUCUUCACCAUCUCCGGCCGCCUCGCUGCCAACAGGCGCCUUCCUCCCACCUCCAGCAUGGCCAACCUCAUCUGACCCGCAGCCACUCCAUCUGCUCCAGGACACUCCUGCGUGAGGCUCGCUGGAUACGGCCCCUCUCAGGGCUUGUGCUGGCCUUUCCCAAAGGAAGGGCGCGAUUUGUGCCUCGGAUUUCCUUCAGAGAUGACCGGCAUUUGCUGCACCUGGGCUAACAGCGUGGCAGGGACUUUGGGUUGCCUGGACAGGCUUUGUGAUCCGGAGCUUUAUGAGCACAGCGCUGGCCUGUUCUGCUUUCUAUCUCAGCAAAGCUGCCUGUGACAGCUGCUCCCCACCCCGCCGGCUGCGUCCCGCUGUCACAGAGCCAGGUGAGCCUGUCCCGCACCUCGGGGGACCCCAGGAUGUGCCUCCUGCUGUUCCCUGGGCCAUGCUGCUCCUGGCAGGAGAGGCUGUGACCGCUGGUGGUGUAAUCCCAGCCUCUGAGAGAGCUCUUGUGGGGGGGAUUUGUGGGGGAGUCUGUGUGCCAGAGCCCCUGAAAUGCCACUUGUUUCUGCAGUGUCAAGUUCUUUCCCACUAUUCCCUUGCUGCAGCCCCACCAUCUCAGGUCUGGGGCUGCUCAGCACAGAGAGCUGCUGCUCUGCCAGGGAGGCGAGAGGUGUCCGACCUCAGCAACCCCAGCAGAGACACCCUGAGUGCUGCGGCUCACCCAGUCCCCUCCAGGGUGCACAGUUUUGUGCACGGCAGGGCAGCUGCUCCACUACCACCUGGGCCUUACCCUGAGCUUUUCUGGUUUUGUCUGUGAGGUAUCUACCACUGGGGUGCCUUUCCUAGAGGCAGGCUAACAGCUCACCCUCAGAAACUCUUCCUGUGAAUUGAGGCUAAUCUACCUGUCAACAUUUUUAUUUCUUCCAUGGACCCAUGAACCAUUUCACUGCUUCUGCCCUUUCCAUCCAAACUUCUUAGCCAAGCUGCUCCCCUGCAACCCUCUCUUUUUCUCUCCACUUUCCUGUCUACUCCCAUCUCCCCUGACCUGAGCUGCUCUGCCCUAGCCAUUAUUUUUGAUCUUUAUUUUCCAAGUUCCCCCUGAGAACUAGGCUCUCUGUAAUAGAACAAGAUCGAACUUUUUCUUUUUGGUGUCUGGUAGUGAAUUUAUUUUGAAGAGGAUGACAGCUUGUUCCCUUAGUGACAGCAUGAAUCACUGCCCGUAUUACACCUGGAAGCAGUGUUGGAGGUUCGGCACCCGUGAGCUCCACCAGGUAUAGCUGGACAAGGAGGACUUCAUCCCUGUGCAGCUCCAGACCACACCGUCCCUGAUGCACUCAGAUUACACGAGGGCACUUCUGUCUUCAUCUGCCCUUACUCCAUUCCUUCCCCCUGAAGCCUGGGAUUGUUUUCCCCAAAGUAUGGGAACAUUGUCUUUUUUCUUUUCUGGAUCUCUGCUUCUUCUAUAUUUUUUUCUCUGCCAUUUUCAUAUCAUCCAUACGUCUUAUUAAACUGAUGUUUUCUCCCCUCUCUGCAUCACUUCCCUUAUGCGCCCAAGAACUGAGACUGUGCUACUAAGCUCAGGUCCUUCUGUGCUAAAUGUUCUGCAUUUGUGUAGCAAAGAGCAGUCCUUCCCCACAGGGCUGUUUAGCCCCAGGUUCAGCAGGGACGGCUGUGUGCACGCAUGGAGGGACAGCCGCAGCUGGACAGAAGUUUUGCACUUCCCGCAGCUGCUGCUGUGCACGUCUGUGCGGCUGCAUGUGCAGUGACACCGAGCUGCACCGGCUCUGCCUGCAGCAGUGCUUUUACAGUUGCUCCCAGCUUCCCCGCCCUGCACGCGUGGACAGGUCGCAGGGACCUGCGUGCCAGCUGUUUUGCACACCUGGGCACUUCUGUGAAGGUGCACGUCUGUGCCCAGCUCGCAGCUCUGUGCUGCCCGCCUGUCAAUGUGAAUCCUUCCCUCCGUAGCCCCUUCAAAAUGUGCCCCAAUGCACAUGAACUGUGCCAGGAAAGGAUGCCUGGGGACCACGGCCCAGCCCAAGGAAGAAACAGAUAAGAACAGGCUGGCUGUGCAGAGGGAGGUUUGGGUAUCAGGCUGCCCAGAUGGACGGGCUGCACGGAGCCUGUCACUGACUCACCUCCUGCAGCAGCAUUACUGUUUUGUUCCUUUCUCAUUUCCUGUGUUGUGCAUGGAAAAACAUAAUAAAGUGUUGCAGAAGUUG